AUGUGUGUUCAAUUUCAGCAAGUUCGUAUAGUAGAAGUGGGAAGCAAUGAGUUCAAGAAUGCGCUACCGUACCUGAUUGUGCUACUGCUUAUUACGAUCUCAAUAAUUCCAUUGAUGAGUAGUCACCUGGAAGAACGACGAAAAGACAGCUUGAAAAGAGCCGAAAAAGCACAGUGGAUUGAUCAGAUGCCAAAUGCUUUGCCACUUCUGGAAAUCAACAAAUACUUCACAAUCAGUCCCAACUUCUCGUCACUUCGGAAACUUCACGAUACAUUGCGACAUUUCAGUCAAGCAUACAAAUUCCCAGUGAACGAAACGAUUGAGGACCAGGAAGCGAAUAUGUUCCUCGAAGUUCAUGUUACGCAAAUGGACAACACCCAGACAAGAAGG